AUGGCCUCGCAUCCCGCCGCAAGCCCGCCUCCGCCCGUACCCGAGAGCAUCCACGCCCUCGACCACGAGAUCCGGUCGCACUGGCCUAGUAUCCAGCACCUCCUCACCGAGCUGCUAGACAUCACGCCCCCGGCCCGCGACGCACCGCUCACGCACCACAGCACGCCGCAGGACAUCACGCGAAUCCGCCGAUGGGCGCGCCCGGGCCCACCGCAGCCGCUGGAGACGGUCAUCGGCGAGGCGCGCGCCAUCUUCGAUCACCGGGUGCGCAUCAACCACCCGCUGUUCUUCGGGUUCAUCCCGUCCGGGACGAUCCAGCUGAGCUGGGUGGGCGACAUGCUGAUGGCGGCGUUCAACGCGCACGGCGGCGGCCGGAAGGUCGGGCUGGGGCCGUGCGUGGUCGAGGAGGAGCUCCUGCGCUGGCUGGCGGCGCGCCUGGGCCUGCCGGCCCGCACCGCGGGCGGGGUGUUCGUGUCCGGCGGCUCCGUGGCGAAUCUGAUGAGCAUUGCCGUGGCGCGCGACCAGAAGCUCGAUGGCGACAGGCAGGCGGCGCGCGGGGUCAUCUACCUCAGCGAGCGGGCGCACUACGCCGUCGCCAAGAUGGCGCGCGUGCUCGGGUUCGUGGAUCGCCAGAUCCAUCGCGUCCGCUGCAGUGAGGCCUUUGAGCUCGACGUCGAGGACCUGAAAGAGCAGUUGGUCGCCGACCGACGCCAGGGGCUGGUGCCGUUCAUGAUCGUCGCGACCUGCGGGUAUACCGAGACCGGGACAGGGGAUCCCGUCGAGGAUCUGGCGGACAUCGCGCGGAGAGAGUCGCUGUGGCUGCAUGUCGACGGGGCGUACGGUGCCUCAAUGGCGCUGUCGCACGCCCAUGCGCAUCUGGUGGCGGGGCUUGGCGCCGCGGACAGCGUCGCCUGGGAUGCGCACAAGUGGCUCUUUUCCUCCUUCGGCUGUGGGAUGCUCCUGGCUCGCGACCGGGACCAUCUCCGCUCGACCUUCGGGGUACACUCCGAAUUGAUGGAUCAGCAGUCGGGCGGCUUGAGUGAGCAGCCUGAGCCGUGGGAUCUCAGCGUGGAGCUGACUAGACCCGCUCGAGCGAUGAGUCUGUGGUUCAUGCUCAGAGUGUUGGGUGAAGAGCGGAUUGGCAGGAUGAUUGAUUAUGGGAUUUACAUGGCGGACUCAGUGCAAGCCCGCCUGCAAGCUCGGGAGGGAUGGGAGAUCCUCACCACCGCGAAGCGCGGUAUCGUGACGUUUCGGUAUAACCCAGGACCGUGCUCGGAAGAGGAUUUAGAUGGAGUCAACACUACGAUCUCGGACACACUGGUCGAAGACAACCUGGCAGGCAUUUUCUCCGUUCGUGUGUCAGGAGUCGUCAGCCUCAGGGUGUGUUGUAUCACUACGCGACUGAGCGAGGAGGAUAUCGAUCGACUUAUUCAACAAAUAGACAUGACAGCGAAAGAGGUGACCAAGCAUUUCUAG